GUGUGUGUCUGUAUGUGAGUUUGUGUGUCCUCACUUCAAAUGCGGGUGAGGAGAACAAAACUUCUCGCGGUUCCGUGGUCGUCUAACUUCCUUUCCUCUGACAAUUCUCCUGGGAUCAAAGCUCCAAUUCUCGAAGAUGAUCACGUUGCAAGAGUUUUACACGGUGAUGUCGGCUGUGGUGCCACUCUAUGUCGCAAUGAUCCUUGCUUAUGGCUCCGUUCGAUGGUGGAAGCUGCUCACACCUGCACAGUGCUCUGGGAUAAAUAGAUUUGUGGCAAUCUUUGCAGUACCUCUGCUCUCCUUUCAAAUCAUAGCGCACAACAAUCCAUACGACAUGAAUCCCAGGUUCGUAGCCGCUGAUGUCCUCCAGAAGCUCAUUGUUCUCGCAGUCCUCGCAUCCUGGUCUAGGCUCAAAAAGUUCAGCUCGUCAGUCAGGAGCACCAGUGACACAAAGAGUAAAGACUUGGACUGGGCCAUUACCUUGUUCAUGGUGUCAACGCUCCCAAACACACUGGUAUUGGGGAUUCCUCUCGAAGUCGCGAUGUACGGAGAGAAGCCAGCUGAAUUAGUCGUCCAAGCGGUCGUUCUGCAGUGCAUUGUCUGGUACACGCUGCUGCUCUUCCUCUACGAGUACAGAAGUGCCAAAAAUCUCAUCUUGGAGCAGUUUCCUGGACCGUCAGCUGCCAACAUCGUCUCCUUUAGAAUUGAUCCGGAUGUCAUCUCGCUGGACGGAGAGCAGCAGCAGAUCAAAACCGAGGCCGAGAUCGGACAGGACGGGAAAAUACAUGUCCAGGUGAAGCGGUCACCACCACCACAACCACCACCACUACCACCGACGUCUUCAAUGUACAGAGAGUACGACUCCUCCAGCAUUUCUCUCCUGAGAUCACCUGGCCUUGUUUCACCUCUGUCCUCGAAAGCUGGAACUCCGAGAGCUUCCGACCUCACAGGAGUAGAGAUCUACUCGGUUCAAUCUUCCAGGAACAUGACUCCAACAGGCUCUUAUACGGAUCUCGGCUUGAUGACGGGAACUCACGGCUCAAGUCCACACCUUCGACCAAGUAGCAACAAUCCCGGCCUCUCUAUCGAAACCAGUACCACUUUGUCGAGCAACGAGCUUCCACAUUACUCCAAUCACUCCUCCAAUAUGCACACUCCCAGGGAGCCUCCUUCGGAAGAGCAGAGUAAUAUGUUCGCUUACACCCCCGGCAGGCACCAUUACUCGCCAUCACCCAAAACCACCACCGGACCCGCUGCUCAUGAUGAGUUGCAGAAACAAGUUCCAAGGAGUCCAGGCCCACUGGAGAGAUUGUUUGUCGGCAACCAGGUAUUUUCUCCCAUGAAACUAGCUGAAGCCGCGAGAAAGAUGGACUACCAGCAACAGCAAUACGAAUCUCGAGAGAUGCAAAUGCUGGUGUGGAGCUCGAGCAACUCUCCUGCGUCUGAUAGAGGCUGUUACGAGACCAGGAAAUUGACAAGCCACAAGAACCUGUCAAUUCAAAUACCGUCGAACUCCACACCAUUACAUCCAUGCAUGGCCAAAGACUUCAGCUUCGUUGAUAACGUUCUGUUCCAAAGAGAAGACACCACCCCGCUGUCAGAGAAGAAUCUGAAGAGCGAAUCACAUUUGCCUUGCAAGGUUCCCUUCACGCCACCGAAACUGGUUGACAGCGACUCGUCAGCUCCGACUCAAAUGCCACCACCUACAGUCAUGACAAAACUCAUCGUGAGAAUGAUGUGGAAGAAGCUGAUCCGAAAUCCAAAUACUUACGCAAGUCUGCUCGGGCUUGCAUGGGCCCUGAUAUCCUUCAGAUGGAACGUCGGAAUGCCAAAAAUUCUUGAGCAUUCCAUCACAAUCUUGUCCGACGCAGGCUUGGGGAUGGCCAUGUUCAGUCUGGGCCUCUUUAUGGCGCUGCAAUCGAGUUUAAUAGCCUGCGGGACUACCAUGGCUGUUGUCGUGAUGAUCAUUCGCUUCGUGACAGGCCCUGCUAUUAUGUCUGCGACAUCGAUUGCUGUUGGCCUCCGAAAUGUCCAGUUGAGGGCCUCCAUCAUCCAGGUAAUCGCCAAUGCCAUGUCCCAACUUUUCCAAACUCUUGUUGAAUCUUGUCCAGGCAGCACUGCCACAAGGAAUAGUUCCUUUUGUGUUCGCGAAGGAGUACAACGUCCAUCCAGAUGUCCUCAGCACGGCUGUAAUCUUCGGCAUGCUGAUCUCACUUCCCAUCAAUCUUCUCUACUAUGUGCUGCUGGGCCUUUGAGAUCCAGCCAAUGCGUACGACGAGGCCAGCAUCCUGCCGACAUUUUCCGAAUGUAUAUUGCGGAGAGUUGACUUGUGCCGUCAUCGCAUCAUCGAUUUUUAGCUCUACAUUCAAGGACUAGACUCCAAAUUUUUUGUCCUCUGUAAAUUAAUCGUUAUCACUGGA